UCUUCAUAACCGAGGUGUUAAUUCACCUUUGCCCACCAUUAAUCAUAUUUUCUUUUUUAUUUUAGAUGUUAUUCCCUUGAUGUUUUGUAUUACACCAGUGUCACCAGUGCAGAUCUGAGGGCCAAUGUGGGUAACCCUGGCCUACCUGGUGUCUUGCAGUCCCUUUUGACCCAUGCGGGAAACCCGGGUUAUAUGAGGAGGUCUUUUUAGAUUUCUGCAAGUUUCUCCCUUCUUAAUCACUGGUAUGGUGAAAAAGGAGGUGUUCUGCCUUGGGGUGACGGUUCCCCCGUUUUCGGCAGCUAUACAGUCCAUUCCCGCGGAUACCAGGCGUCUCACGUGCGAUCCCGGCAUUUGCAUGGACGUCUAUGGGACUUCCGGUUUGGGCGCCAUCUUGUGAAUGGCAUUACGCGCAUCAGGCGCAGUCAGCAGAGACCGGAAGCGGAUGUGGAGCAACCGGAUGUGACGUGUCUCUGGUUUACGAGCGGAUGUCAAGCCCCGCCUCCUCUAAGAAGAAGAAGAUGAAGACAAAACACAGGGAGUGUGUCUCUUGCCAGCAGCCCCUCCCGGAUGAAUUAUCUGGAGAUUUAUGUGAAAUAUGCAAAGCUCAUUUGACUCCAUCUUCGAGUAAACGGAAGUCUUUAUGCAUCAGUUGUCUUCAUCCGUUACCAUCAGGCUCAGUUUCUACAGUUUGUAAAAGAUGUACUGAACCACAAGAAACCUCUGCCUUCCUUGAGGAUGCAAGAAGCUUUUUUUCUUGGUUCAAGUCUGAGUUUAGUUCUAGCUCAGGAGUCAGUCUGAAAAAUAAGAAAGAAGAACGUAAAGCAGAACCCUCUGCUUCUUCCUCAUCAGAGAACGCUUCAGCUCAGUCUGACUCCUCAGAUUCUGAAGAUAUUAUUACAGAAGAUUUUUUUCUUUUCAAGAAGGAGAAUGCGGGAAAAUUAAUUAGAGCAGUAAAACAUAUUAUGGAAUCUUCAAAGCAAAAGUUCAGGGAAGAUAAGGAGAGUCUCUUCUAUUUCCCCAAAAAACCUUCUGAGGUUUUGACAGGCCAUCCAGUCUUAAAAACUAUAGUGGAGAAAGAAUUUAAAAAACCAGACAGUAGGCUGGAAUUAGGUUCUAGAUUUAGAGCAGUAUAUAAGUUGGAUCCAUCUGAGUCUGAAUCCUGGGAGAACCCUGCUAAAGUGGAUCGACCUGUAGCCAGGUUAUCUAGAAGAACACUGCUACCCUCUGAGGAUUCUUCUAUACUUAAGGAUCCUAUGGAUAAGAAGACAGAUAUUCUGAUAAAACGUGCCUACUGUAAUACAGCUGCUUUAAUGAAAGCAUCCCUUGCUUCUGUACCUGUAACCCGGGCUAUUCGAGUCUGGCUGAGCCAACUUGGAAGAAAUAUUCAGGAGGGAAUUUCUAGAAUUGAUCUCUUGGAGGAAAUUGAUACAUUAAAGACUGCGGCGGAUUUCGCAUGUGAUCUCCCCCUAGACGUGACAAGAAUAUGUGCGAAGAACCUUGCAGUAUUAAAUUCAGCCAGAAGGGCUAUCUACCUUAAGCCAUGGCCAGGCGAUGCCUCAUCUAAGGUUAACUUCUGUGCACUACCGUUUGAAGCUGGUUUUCUAGUAGGAUCACAACUGGAGAGUAUCCUGGAAGCGGAGAAAGGAGAGAAGGCUCUGGCGUUUCCCUUCGCCAGACAGAGGAAGCAGUUCCAGCCCUUUAGAUUUCGCAAGACUGGUUUUAAAAGAAGACCGUAUCAAGAAAGAAGAUACAAUAAGAGAUUCCAAGAAAAUAGGAGAAGACAGCCGGAUCAAAAGCAACCAAAAACAGAAUUCUGACUACCUCAGGUCAGGUUCAGUAGGAGCAAGGCUGCUGAAUUUCUUUCCAGCCUGGCUGGAGAUGACUACAGACAAGUGGGUGCUAAAAAUUAUUGCAGAAGGUUACAGUCUAAAUUUCGUGUCAAUACCCCCCGAAAGGUUCAUCGUCAGCAGAGCGAAUUCUAUUGUUCAACUUCUUCUCAGAGAUUUUCUAAACAAGAGAGCCCUGGAACCUGUUCCACCAGAACAGCAAGGUUACGGAGUCUACUCACACGUCUUCCCCGUUCCAAAAUCAAACGGCAAAUGGAGAUUAAUCAUAGAUCUGCGAUACCUAAAUCACUAUUUAGCAAAGGAAAAAUUUCGCAUGGAAAAUGUAAGGUCCGCUACUCAUCUAAUUCAGCCUCACGACUGGAUGGUUUCAUUGGACUUAAUGGACGCUUAUUUGCAUGUCCCCAUAGAAGAAAAAUCCAGAAGAUUUCUGAGAGUUGCUGUGUUCCUAGACCAAAAAAUUCACCACUUCCAGUUUCGGGCCUUGCCCUUUGGCCUGACUUCGGCCCCAAGGGUAUUUACAAAGAUCGCAGUUACAGUCGUAGCUACCCUAAGACUACAAGGAAUACAAAUAAUACCAUAUUUAGACGAUUGGUUGCUUGUUGCAACCACCCAGGAACUCCUCCUACAACACUUACAGACAACUCUGAAUCUCCUGAACAGGCUUGGGUUUAUUCUCAAUCCCCAGAAAUCAGAACUUUCACCAACAAAAACAAAACGUUUCUUAGGCAUGAUAAUCAAUUCAGUAUGUCAGAAAGUCUUUCUUCCGGCGGAGAAACAGGACAAAAUCAUCCUUCAAGUGAAGACCCUGAUAAAGUCUCCCUCUACAUCCAUCAGGAGAGCGAUGCAGACACUGGGUUUAAUGACUGCAGCAAUAGACGCAGUGCCUUAUGCCAGGGCACACAUGAGGGAUUUACAGAGGGAAAUCCUUACAGUUUGGGACAGAGUUCCCAUUUCUCUGGACUCGACCAUCUCAUUGUCAGGGCACACCCGACUGAAGUUACGUUGGUGGCUGCAGAAGAACAACUUGAAUAUGGGGAAAAGUUUCAAACCUCAGAACCCUGUGGUGAUAACUACAGAUGCCUCCAGCCAGGGUUGGGGGGCCCACCUCGGAACCCAAUGGGUUCAAGGAGUUUGGUCAAGAGAAGAGUCUCAUUUAUCAUCCAACCUAAGAGAACUGAAAGCGAUCCGGUUAGCCAUAAUGCAUUUCUCUCCACAGAUUUCAGACGCGUCAGUUCUGAUCCAGUCAGACAAUCUGGUCUCGGUGUAUUACAUCCAAAAAGAAGGGGGGACAAGAUCUACAGCUCUACAAAAAGAAUGCAGCAGGAUAAUGUCCUGGGCAGAACAUCAUCGCAUCUCUCUGAUGGCGACGCACAUAAAAGGGUCUCUAAAUUAUCAAGCCGACUGGUUAAGCCGACGGAAGUUAGAUCCCAACGAAUGGGAACUGAAUCCCAAGUAUUUUGCUCAGAUAACCCGCAAAUGGGGGUUACCCGUAUGGGACUUGAUGGCCACGAGACGCAACAAGAAGGUACUGAAGUUUUGCUCAAGAUAUUGCACAGACCUUCCGGAUCAUCUGGAUGCCUUCACCAUGAGCUGGAAAGACCUCUUUGUUUAUCUCUUCCCUCCAAUUCCAUUAAUCAACAAGAUUCUGAACAAGAUCAUCAUAGACGAGCCGGCAGCUCUACUAAUCGCACCCUUUUGGCCCCGGAGGGCCUGGUUUCCUCUAUUAUUUCGUCUCUCGAGGGGAGAAUAUUGGAAGCUACCGCUAGAAAAGGAUCUCCUCCUGCAGAACGGAUUAUAUCACCAACAUCUCGACAGAUUACAUCUGACUCUCUGGAUUUUGAGAGGGAAAGAUUCAGACAGAGAGGAUUAUCAGAUGAAGUAAUAGAGACCUUACUAGCAGCUAGAAGACCUUCUACUAACUUAUUGUAUGCGAAGCUCUGGAAAAAGUUUAGCUCCUGGAGAGAAGAGAAGGGGCUGACAGAGAUCUCUGUAUCUGUUAUUUUACAGUUUCUACAAGAAGGAUUUCUA